GGUGUUUGCUAUGGGAUGUUGGGCAACAAUCUCCCAAAUGCACGGGAAGUCAUCGAUCUUUACAGGUCAAACAACAUCAGGCGAAUGAGACUCUACGAUCCAAACUCACAAGCAUUACAAGCUCUAAGAGGCUCAAACAUUGAACUCAUUUUAGGCGUUCCGAAUUCCGAGCUUCCGAACCUCGCUAACCCGUCCGGAGCACAAUCAUGGGUCCAACGAAACGUCGUACCGUACUGGCCAAGCGUUCGGAUUCGAUACAUUGCUGUCGGAAACGAAGUCAGGCCGGUUAACGACGAAACAUCCUGGUUAGCUCAAUACGUUUUGCCCGCUUUAGUGAACGUAUUCAACGCGGUUCGAUCGGCCGGUUUAGAGAACCAGAUCAAGGUCUCAAUCGCGAUAGAUAUGACCUUGAUCGGUGUCUCGUUCCCUCCGUCGGCCGGCGCGUUCCGCGGGGAAAUUAGGUCGUAUCUGGACCCCAUCAUCGGCCACUUAGCAUGGGCAAGGACACCAUUACUUGCCAACAUAUACACUUACUUCAGCUAUGCAGACAAUCCAAGGGAUAUCUCACUUCAAUACGCCACAUUCACUUCUCCGUCACCCGUCGUAUGGGAUCAAGGACGCGGAUACCAAAACCUCUUCGAUGCGAUGUUGGAUUCGUUAUACUCGGCUCUCGAGAAAGCCGGACAAGGCGGCCUCGAAGUCGUGGUAUCGGAAAGCGGAUGGCCGUCGGCCGGUGGGUUCGGGACAUCGGUGGAUAACGCAGCCACAUACCUAUCCAACUUAAUCAGACAUGCGGGAGGGGGUACCCCAAAGAGGCCAGGAAGGGCUAUAGAGACUUAUUUGUUUGCUAUGUUUGAUGAAAAUCAGAAGCCAGGGCCUGAGAUUGAGAAACACUUCGGGUUAUUUUCGCCGAACAAGCAGCCCAAAUAUCAACUACGUUUUGGUGGAGGAAGAGUGGGGGAUAUUAAUGCUUCGUAUAAUGCUACAUUCUCUCUCAAGGCUGAUAUGUAAACCUGCAAACCAUGGGAAUUCGGCUUUCUGGUUUUAGUCAUUGUGUGCGUUUUCAUCUUGAAUUCAUGUGAUUUUAUUAUCGAAAUAACUUUCAAAUAUUAUAAAAUUUACGUUUAAAUAAAA